CGACCGGUAACGCUGCUGUCACUGUUAGACGAGUGUUAUUGGCCUGUGUGGUUGUAGUGUUUUUGAGUUUAGCCGCUCGGGAUGACAGGCGCCUCGCUGCUGUUGCUGGCCGUGUCCGCUGGCUGUGCUGUGGCUCAGUCCGCUGUCUAUUUCAGGGAGCACUUUGAAGAUGGAGAUGCCUGGAUGAGUCGGUGGGUGGAAUCAAAGCACAAGGCAGAUUACGGCAAGUUUGUCUUGACUGCAGGGAAGUUCUACGGUGACGCAGAAAAAGACAAAGGUCUCCAAACCAGCCAGGAUGCUCGUUUUUAUGCCUUAUCAAGCCGUUUUGAUGGCUUCAACAAUAAGGGCCAACCUCUAGUCAUCCAGUUUACUGUGAAACAUGAGCAAAGCAUUGACUGUGGUGGAGGAUACAUCAAACUGUUCCCAUCUGACCUCAACCAGGAAGACAUGCAUGGAGACUCCACCUAUAACAUCAUGUUUGGCCCUGAUAUUUGUGGUCCUGGUACAAAGAAGGUUCAUGUAAUCUUCAAUUACAAAGGCAAGAACCAUCUGAUCAACAAAGACAUCAGGUGCAAGGAUGAUGAGUACAGCCAUUUAUACACGCUAAUUGUCAACCCUGACAACACUUACGAGGUUAAGAUUGACAAUAAGAAAGUGGAGUCUGGGAAUCUGGAGGACGAUUGGGACUUUUUGCCUCCCAAAAAAAUUAAAGAUCCGGAAGCCAAAAAGCCAGAGGACUGGGAUGACAGGGAGAAGAUUCCUGAUCCCGAAGACAAGAAACCAGAGGACUGGGACAAACCUGAAAACAUCCCAGAUCCUGAUGCCAAGAAGCCUGAUGACUGGGAUGAAGAGAUGGAUGGAGAAUGGGAGCCACCCAUGGUCACCAACCCUGAUUACAAGGGUGAAUGGAAAGCCAGAGAAAUCGACAACCCUGCCUACAAGGGCAAGUGGAUCCACCCUGAGAUUGACAACCCAGAGUACACGGCUGAUUCUGAGAUCUACAAGUAUGACAGCAUCGGUGUGAUUGGGCUUGACUUGUGGCAGGUUAAGUCUGGAACUAUCUUUGACAACUUCCUGAUCACUAAUGACCCAAACCUGGCAGAAGAAGUAGGCAAUGGCACAUGGGGAAAGUCUAAGGAUGCAGAGAAGACGAUGAAGGAAAGCCAGGAAGAAGAUGAGAGAAAGAAACGCGAGGAAGAGGAUAAGAAGCGGAAUGAUGAGGCAAAAGAAGAUGAUGAGGAAGAAGAGGAAAAAGAUGAUGAUGAGGAGGAGGAGGAGGAGGAUGAAGAGGCAGAAGAGGAAGAGCAGGAGGAUGCAGAGAAAGAUAAAGGCACAGGUUUAAAGUUGAAGGAUGAAUUCUAAACUCCAUGCAGGGACUUCUUAUUAAAGAGCUCGAGCGUGUCAGUGAGCCACACUAACCAGGAUGGAGACUGAGGAGACGGGUGCUCAUGACUGACAUGCUGGGGAUGUCUUUUUGUUUUUGUUUACAAAGCAUGGAAAUAGCUUAUUGUUCUGUUUCCACAUGCUACUCCUAUUAAAAUUAAUGAGGAAUGAAGACAAUGUGGGGAAUAUCAAAAGUGGAAGUGAUCCAAAUCCUGUACCUAAUAAAUGUAAAAUGGCAUUUUUAUGUUAAGCAGAAAUUUGUGUGUGUGGGGGGGGGGGGGGGGGCUUUUUAAUUUUUUGUUGUUGUUGUUUUCCUCCUCUCUUUCUAAAUGAAGUAUAUUGUUAUAUGAAAAGCUGUUUGGUGUAUAGCCAAUACACUGGAAAAUGUUUGUGGUCUGCCUGAAAAACAUUUUACCAUUUACAUGCUCAUGUACAUUCAGGAAGCAUUCUGUUACCACCGGGGGGCACAAAUUAAUAAUGUGAUUCAUUAAAAUGAAAUUCCAUGCAAACUUUUGUCCAGUAGUUUUAACACAGUCCACAUAGCCUGUUGUGUGUAAAUCAGACUAGGAUAUCAUUCUGUGCACAUUCAUGGGUUUAAUCAGUUCCUUGUUUCUGCACUGCUGUAGCCCAACACUGUUCCCAAACACACUGAAAGCUGUCCCUUUUGUAAAAAAUGUUUUGUAAUUAAAGGGUGAAAUUUUCAAGUUGUGUUUAUUAAAUAAAAGCAAAUUGUCCAAAUAAAAAUUGGAAUGAAG